AUGAACGUCGCUUCAAUGGACCUCGCGUCGAUGGACCUUGCUUCGAUGGACCUCGCUUCGAUGGAUGAUGCUUCCAUCUCGCGUUUUCUCCGAAGCCACCUGUGGGGACCGAUACCUGGUAGCAUAUCCGGCCCUAACCCGGUGGCCGUGGCUAUGAAGCCCGUAUUCUCUCGAAUGCUGGAGAAAUACUUGAGUCGGACAGACUCCCAAGGAAAUCCCGACCCCGCCAACCUAGCCGCCAUACCCGUGAUGCAAGCAUUGCAGGAAGCUUUCUUGAGCCGAGAAGGGCGCUGCAAGCCCUCCAUGCUAGAUCUCGAUCAACUCCAUCGAAGAUUGACGACGUACCCAGCUCAUCUCCCGGACAGCGACUACCUCAAAGACCUCGACCAGAAGAUCGUCUUGGUGCAACAAAUCAAUCAGCUGUGUAGAAAUUUUCAUACGGAUGUCUCGAUGAAGGAGCUCCACUUAGACAAGGCUUCGUUCUGGUCUACGUUGAUGACCAUGGACUUGGAGAGAUUGAAGGAAGUUCGACGGGACCUGGAUGAUAUGACCAGCGCCAAAGCCAAGAGGCUUCUACUCACCGAUUUUCCGGUAUGGGCCAUGGCAACGCCAAUGCUUCUCCGUUCUUUUAUACGAGGGUAUGCGAAAGAGCCUUCCAGGAAGUAUUCUCCGGCCAAGCAGCUGAGGAACACGUCCGAAAUCAAACAUGUUCUCCGACACAACAGCAACCGCUGCAUCAUCACAAAGCUACGAGCCGACGUCUAUAAUGUGAUACACAUCAUUCCACCUGAUCUAUUGAGAUCGAGAGCUCAGUUAAUCAAGUCACUGAAGGGGAUGAGAUCCUGGUAUACAGAUGAACGCAUUGACGCGCUUCUGAAGAAGCUUACGUCGGAGUCUUGCCACGAAAACAUCAUCAACACUCGUCGUAACAUGAUCUGCAUGCACCUCCAAAUGGGCACGCUCUGGUACAUGGGAGAGUUCAUGCUGAAACCGAUGGGUCGCCCAGUUCAGGUGGUUACUCCAGUUCCGGCAGAAGAUCCGACUGAAGAUCCUCAAAUGAAGACCGGAUGGGUCUUGACGUUGAUCUUCCAUUGGCUUCGGAAGACGGAGUUCCCAAACAUGCAGCAAACCAUACCUUUCGACACUGAUCCCCGCCAGCACUUCGAGGACCUUGAUCCCCAUGACUUUGGAGCCGAAAUAGCUACUACAGCUCGCAUGCGGAUGCAGAUGAAGAGGGACGAAUCAUUGUCGAACCCACGCCGCCGCAACACACCUUCGGCGGCUGCCGACAUACCGUCCCAUGUUCCCCAAGAUUCGCAACAAGUUGAGGAUGCAGCGGUGAGCCUCAAUGAAGAUGCAAAAGAGGAUACGGCCAAGAGCGACAAGAUGGUUGACGAGAUUCAAUCCUCUACUGCCUAG